AUGUCACUUAAUAAUGAUUUGACAGCAAAACUGGAAAAAUUGGAACAAAAAAUAACCUUGACUUUACAAGAGAUCGAUCACAACUUUUCCACAUGUCAUCAUCGAGUGACUACAAAAAUUUUACCACAAAUAAUGCGUUAUGGAGAACUUUCUGAAGAAAUUUUUAAUAAUUCUCAACUGAAUUCAAUAAAACCUAGAAAUUCCAUUUCUCUAUCAUCGGUUACUUCAUCAACAAAUCGAGAUCAAAUUAAUAACAAAUCAUCAUCUUCGCCAUUAUUAUUAGCACAACCACCACUUUCAACAAAAUUAAAUCAUUUAAAUAAUCAAGAAAAAUUUCUUAUUAAUAAUAAUGACCCGCUAUUAUUAUUCUCACAACAACUACAAAAACAAAGACUUUUAAAUAAUCGCGAUUCUAUUAAUUCACUACCAUCAAAUAUUUCAUUGCCAUUAAUCAACAACAAUAUCUCGAUCUCAUCAACUCCAUUAUCAAAUAUUUCAUUGCCAUUAACCAAUAACAAUAUCUCGAUCUCAUCAACUCCAUUACCUGAUCCUCCGCAAUUUAUGUAUAGAUUAAUACAAUCCACUUUAUCUGAUGCAUCAUCCUCUCCCUCUCCUUCUUCAAGGAUAUAA